AUGGUCGGUACCGGUAACGACCAACCAACGGAUAAUCUGAGACGAAUCAAAUCAACCGAGGCCAAAGGAUUGACUUCCUACAGAGCUAGAGACAACGUCAGAGUGGUGGAGUUUGAUGCAAGACGGAUUUGUCUUCUUUUCUUUCCCCCUAUAAUAACUCCAGUCAGAGCUCCCAGGGCCAGAUACACAAUAUUAGGAGAAGCUAUUCGUUACAUCGUCCCUGGACAUAUGCAAUGCUCAAUCGGCUGUGGAGGUCAAUCCUGCAAGUAUGACAACCCAAGUUACUGGAGCGAUAACCAACAGGCCAUAAAAGGCCUCUACUCAUCCUGGGUUACUGAUCAUCUUCUUGCCAUGUCCCGACCCUCAACUGAAAUCAUUGAGAAGUAUAACAUCAUCGAUCAGUUCAGAAGGAAUGGUAUUAAAACAGUGAUCAACCUACAGAUACCUGGUGAACAUGCCAGUUGCGGAAACCCUCUAGAACCAGAGAGCGGCUUCUCAUACCAUCCAGAGGUCUUCAUGGAAAACAACAUUUAUUUCUACAACUUUGGCUGGAGCGACUAUGGGGUGGCCAACCUCACUGCUGUGCUGGACAUGGUAAAGGUCAUGGCCUUUGCACUGCAGGAAGGGAAAAUAGCAGUCCACUGCCAUGCUGGCCUGGGCAGAACAGGUGUGCUGUUGGCAUGUUUCUUGGCCUAUGCUACCAGGAUGACUGCUAACCAGGCUAUUUUAUUUGUACGUGCUAAACGGCCAAAUUCCAUCCAGACCCGAGGUCAGCUGAACUGUGUCAGGCAGUUUGUCCAGUUCCUUGCCCCUCUGAGGAGUGUGUUUUCCUGUGCCGAGCCUCGAUUCAACCCAGUGACCCUGUCCCAGUACCUGAACCGCCAGAGACACAUACUGCAUGGCUCUGAGAGGAAGGAGCUGAGGCACCUCCCAAAGAUUGUCCAGCUAGUGUCUCGGCUGCUGAUAGACAUAGCAGAGAACCGACAAGUGAUUGAGGAAGACAUUUUGGAGGCUCCUGAUAUUCAUGACUUAGAGAUGACUCUCAGCAUAAUUGAGGAGAUGGGCCCUGAGAUGUUUUCAAAGCAGCCCCGCUUACCAGGCACGCCCACUUUACCCAGACAUUUCAACGAGCCACCCAUCUUCUACCAUCGCAAAAGUCUGAGCUACAGUGAGUCCGACUUGAGACGACUGGGCUCACAGCUCAACCUCCUCACACAACCUCUCAGCACCGUGACACAGAGUAAUGCAGAAUUGUCCAUUACCCCAACUAAGGCUGCUGUCACUGGAACCCAGAGUCAAAGUUUUCAUAGCAAUGUGUCUGACGUUUCUCAAGGUUCAUUAGGCUCACUCUGGCAAGUCAAGAAUGUAGAAAUCCAAAAAGAUGUAUCCAUUCUGCUAAAGAAAGUGAAGCAGAAAACCAUCAAACGGAGUGAGUCCGUUGGAAACCGUGAACCUACCAAACAAGGUAGCAUGCUGUCCAGAUGGAAGGCAGAGCAGAGGGAAGAGUUAGUCAUGAAUGGGAUGAAGCCUCAAGUUAGAGAGGAAGAGCAAUCAGAGAAGUCAGAGGUGCCCUUUAUUACGCUGCAGUCAGAGUUGUCUCUGGAGGCCAGGAGGUUGCUGGUGGCACAGUCCCUAGCGGUGGACCUUUUUCUUGAUGGGGAAGAGGAGCACAAGAGCAAAGUCUUGUCCUGGCAGGCAGAACUGAACCUAGGCGGUGGCUGGGAGCGGCUGUGUAUGGAGCGGGAUCCCUUCAUCCUCACUGGGCUCAUGUGGGCAUGGCUGGAGCAGCUCAAAGAGCCGGUCAUCUCCAUCCAGGAAGCCAAAGCUCUGAACCCCAACACUGAUGCUCAAACUGUCCUCAACACGCUUGACCAGGCCUCCAAACAAACAUUGACGUGUAUACUAGAUUGUAUGGCUCAUAUGCUGAUGAUACCACAAGAGGUUGAAAAUGCUUUCCUUAAUCGCACUAUCAAAGCUUUCACCUGGAUGAAAAAUGACCCUGAGGAUGGCAGCAAAGUGUACGAGUCGAUGACUGCAGUCCUACGAGGUGUUCUUGAGGAUAUGAGAAAUGAGGUCCUCGUAAAAGACGAGACACCAACGUCUCCGUCUUCCUUCACUUUAACAUAG